AUGCUCAUCUCGCCUAACUCGUCCAGCAAGCCGGCCCACGACGGCGCCGACUUGGCCGAGGAUGUCGAUGAACCCCCUGAACACGUCAUGAACGCCACGUCGAACCCUGAUCAGAUCGUGCUUUCUCGGCCAACAGUGAACCGCAAGGAAUCACUGCUCACCCGCGCGUUGAAGAGCAGCCCGGAGAUGUCCCCAACCGAUCCACACGCCUCCCACUACGACUCCUACAUGUACCGAUCCUACCCUCAUAGCAACAUCAGUGGCGUCUCGACGGCCGAAUUGACCAGCGACGGCGGCCUCACAAGUCCAUCCUUGUCUAAUACUCCCAGCCCACCUUUACCUCCUCAGAUGAUGAAGAAUGCUGCGUUGAUGGGAAAGAAAAAUCCAACCCCUAAGGUGAAGGUUGUCGAUGCCAGUGAAACUUCCGUCGAGGCCAACCUUGGCCGCAAACGAUGCAUUAGCUUCGCUUGUGGUCGUAAAAAUGAUAAUAGCGAGUUGAGAUCUCCCGUCUCACCUUCUGCGUCACAAGAACUCCCACCCAAAGCCCAGGCACUAAAGGAGCUUCCCACCGAGGAAGCCUCGAUUCAACCCAUUAAGCGCAAAACCACACUUACUUUCGCGUGUCCUGGACGGGAAACUGUUUGCCGGAGAGAGCGAUCUCCCGCGGCCAAGUCCUCCAUCCGGCCGCGAUGCCGUGGCUCCCCUGCACCUACUGCCCGCAGAGCUUCUCCCACCUCGAAAGAGACCACUAAGGAGGUUUCCAAAGAGGAGGUUGUCUCUGUAACUACAGAACGCAAGGGUGUCCCCACCAGUGGACUCGGUAAAUUCGAGGAAUCUGAAGCUACCCGAUUCCAUGAGUUUGCUAGCUCUAUGGACGAAGACGAUGAAUGGGUGAACAAGGAGGCGGACUAUACGCAAAAGAUCACUUUGAACGACUGUAUGAAGAAAGAAAUGGCCAUCAGACGGCUCGGCGAACAGGCGGAAGAAGAGGCAUUGGAGGAGGAAGACGAUAUGGAAGACCUUCCUGACGACGACGAGACUGUGCAUGACUUCUCUUCAGACGACGGCAAUGAAUCGGACAACGAGGAAGGCUUUGCAGAGUCGGACGAGAGCGACGAUGAUGGAUCGGACGUUGAGUUUUGGGGAUCAUCACCCCGUGUCCCAGAACCCACCAGUCAAUCCAUCGAUGCACGCCCCUCGACCGUGGAACGCCGCGCCUCGAACACAUCUUUCGACUCGAUGACGGACGACCACUCGAACUGGCUUCCAGCCCCUGUGCAAAGGGUCACUAGCCGUCGCGCUUCGAAGACCUCCAAGAGCAUCGGGAUUCGUCCGAGAACCCCGAACCUUCCUGAUAGUACCGACUUCGUCUGUGGAACUCUCGACGAGGAUCGUCCCCUCGAACUCGCCUACAAGUCUUGUCUCGAAGAACGCCGCCGUCUUAAGGAAAUUGUCAUCCCGCAAGAUAUCGACCCCAGUUUCCCUACCAGCGAUCCGGAGGACAACGAAGACCUCGAACCAUCCGAGGAGGAGCUUUCCAGCGUGCCCUCCUCCACAGGUCACCGUGAUGAAAUUACUCGAGGACGGCCAGAGGGCGAGGCCCGCAAGCACUCACCCCGUCGCUCUCCUAGGCGUUUGAUGUCCCCACCACCCCGUCGCCCUGGCCGUACCUCUCCCAAGCGUCUCAAGUCCCCGCCUCCACGCCUGAGAGCGAAGUCGCCCACCCCAGCCACCUGGGAACUCACCGAUGAUAUGCCCAUUGUUGAGUCUCCCGGGGGUGUCAACAUCAGUCACUUAGUUCAGCGCCGGCCUCUCGUCCGCACAAAGUCACUCCCCCGUGUCCCCAACCCUUUCUUCGCCGGCCUAGACAAAGAUCACCGCUGGCAAGGUAUCCCACCAUUCUCUGAGUCACCAGAGCAAGAACACUCACGUACCCGUGAGCUACACACUCGUGGCCCAGUCGACAUUGUCGAAGGACUCGAGAAAAAGCGCCAGAAACGCAAAGAAAAAUUCUGGCGUCAACACUGCCGCAAAGCUGCCAAAGAGCAGAUGGGCAAACGGCCUAUUCCAGGCCAUGGAGCCGAACGGAUGAAGGAGCUUGGCCUCGAAGUUGCUGAGAGGUGCAGAGCUUACGGCGUCGGUCAAGACGCCCAGCUCGUCCUAUCCGUUUAG